AUGGCUGAUUUAUACCCUUCAUUGGCGCAAUGCGCCAUUGUCGCGACGGCGCUCAAGAUCCUCAUUUUCCCGGCCUAUAAAUCGACUGAUUUUGAAGUCCAUCGUAACUGGCUUGCAAUCACACAUUCUCUCCCCGUGGAUAAGUGGUAUUAUGAAGACACCUCCGAAUGGACCCUCGACUACCCCCCGUUCUUCGGGUGGUUAGAAUGGCUCCUCUCAAAAGUAGCCGUCCACAUCGAUCCAGAGAUGCUAAAACUGGAUAAUCUAAACUAUGCCUCCUGGCAGACGGUCUACUUCCAGCGCUUCUCCGUCAUUUCCCUGGAACUAGCUCUUGUCUUUGCGCUAUACCGAUACGUCCAAUCCGUCUCCCCACCCGGUAAAAAACUAGCCCACACAGCCGCGCUCUCCAUCCUCCUCUCCCCCGGCCUCCUGAUAAUAGACCACAUCCACUUCCAAUACAACGGCUUCCUCUACGGAAUCCUAAUCCUCUCCCUCGUCCUCGCCCGUAACCAAUCCACCCUCCUCUACAGCGGCAUUCUCUUCGCCAUUCUCCUCUGCCUAAAGCAUAUCUACCUCUACCUGUCCCUGGCUUACUUCGUCUACCUGCUCCGCGCCUUCUGUCUGCAUCCGAAAGGCUCUGUCUUUCGGCCGCGAUGGGGCAAUGUUGUCAAGUUGGGGGCAGGGGUGGUGCUUGUGUUUACCGUGGCGUUUGGGCCGUUUGCGUACUGGGGCCAGUUGGGCCAGUUGAAGGAGAGAUUGUUUCCGUUUUCGAGAGGGUUGUGUCAUGCAUAUUGGGCGCCGAAUGUGUGGGCUAUGUAUUCUUUUUUGGAUAGGGUGCUUAUUUUGGUCGACUCGAGUGCCCUGGGCAGCGUCAACAAAGGGGGUUGGUGGGGGACAACCUCCUUCGCCGUCCUCCCCGAAGUGACAAAGGAGCAUACAUUUGCCCUGACCUUCUUCUUCCAACUACUCCCCCUAACCAAACUCUGGCUCCACCCCUUCUGGCCCACCUUCCUCGGCUCCGUAACCCUCUGCGGCUUCUCCUCCUUCCUCUUCGGCUGGCACGUGCACGAAAAAGCCAUCCUCCUAGUCCUCAUCCCCUUCUCCUUCCUCGCCCUCCGCGACAGGCGGUACUUCGGCGCCUUCCGGCCCCUCGCCGUUGCAGGCCACGUCUCCCUCUUCCCCCUCCUCUUCACCGCCGCAGAGGCCCCGAUCAAAAUCACAUACACGAUCUUCUGGCUCGUGCUGUUUAUGUUUGCGUUUGAGAGGCUUGCGCCCGUCCCCGUGCGGCCGCGGGUGUUUUUGCUAGAUCGGUUUGCGAUGUUGUAUGACUCGGUAGCGAUCCCGUUGGUUGUUUAUUGUUCGAUUGUGCAUGGAUGGGUGUUUGGAAGGGGGAGGUAUGAGUUUUUGCCAUUGAUGUUUACGAGUUCGUAUGCGGCUUUGGGGGUUUUGGGGAGUUGGGUGGGCUUUAUGGUUGUUUAUUUUACUGACCUCUUGGUUAAAAACAAAUACAAAAGACUUCCAUUAAAAGGAGCAGCCAAUUCUGCGCAGAACGAGGGUAAAUAUGGGGGGUGGUUGUUCCGCGGUGUCUUGCCCCUCUCAGCCGUCUCCCGUAUCCCCCCCCCCUUCAGCAGUGGACCCCCCCCCCCCCCUUACCUUUCCUGGGCCUGCCGCCAUGUCCGCGUUUUAUUGGGGUCUGCCCUCCCGGAUGACCUCCACCCGCACCCAUUCCUUCCAACCCCCACACAGCCCUCCCCCCUGACCGAGCUGACCCCCCCUCUAAUCCGCACCCUUCCUAGCCGCACACCCACCUCAUGCGGCUCCUUGACCUGCCGAAACUUCUCUCCCUCUCCCACCACCACCACCACCACCGAUAACAGCACCACCAACUACCGCCCUACCACCUCCCUCCGUCUUCUGCCUCCUCCACCACCAUCUACAACUUUAUCCGUGUUCCUAUCGAGAUCCGUCCCCUUCUCCGAUUCCAGACGCGUCCUUCCUUCUCCACAGGUCUUGUUCAAGCGCAAACCCGUUCAAUACCUUCCUCGACCAACCAUUGAAGAUGAUAGAGAGGAGGUCUGGGUUAUUCCAGAAACAAAUGAGGUGUUCACGAUGUAUGAGCAGUUCCUUCAUAGGAUGAACUUUUACAAACAGAGACGAUUCAUCUGCGAAAUAACGGGACACUCCUCCCUUACUUUUUUCGAGGCUUUGAGGAGUGAAGCGGACGGUUCGCGCGAAGUGAAUAGCGCAUUUCCGGAGCCUCUGAAGGAACCUGUUUUGCGCAAAGUCCAAUUUUCCACUAUAUCGCGAAUUGACAGUCUUGUCGACCAAGUUUUCGAAGACUUCAAGCAAGAUUUCUACCCUGGCGAACGCGUUACCGUUCUCCUCACCAACGGAUCCCGCCUCCAGGGCAUAGUUCGGGAAAAAGCCCGGUUUCCUGAAUUGGUCAAUGAAGAUGGUACGAUAGAGCGAAGAGCGUCAUCGAGAUAUUUGGUGAAAUUGGUAAACCGGCACAACGAGGAGGCGUUGUUGGACGAUGAACACCUAGUUCGUGACCGGAAGAUCUUUACAAAGCAAAUGCUACGCUCUUUCAUCAAAAAUACCGUUACACGGGAAUCGUGGACUGGCGCGCCAUGGCUGGUUAAACCGCAUAUUGCUGAGGAAUAUAGGAUCGAUACGGAAAUUCCGAAACACCUUCAAUAUGGAAACAAGAUUGGAGGAAAGAAAGCAAAUGUGGCAGUGGACAAAGAAGAGGAUGAAAGCCUCUUUGGGUUCUUUUAUUCCAAACAGCGUUGGCCGAACUUGAAACCUGCUGUCAAGGGCCAGAAGACAAAAAUCACGGUGCGGGACCUGGCGAAGGCCAGAGAAGAUCAAUACUUAGAAUACCAGCGGGCGCUGAAUGAAAACCCUUCGUUUGCUGUUCCUGGACACGUCGGUCCGGGAGGAGUGUGGCAGAUGCCUGAAGGUGACGCCAACUUAUAUGCUAAUGUUUCCGUCGUCGUUCAAAAUGGGGUCGCCCCACCACCUCCUCCACCUUCGAUUAAAUACCCGAUUGAAGAUUUAGAAAUCCCACCUUCUCGUGACGCUAAACCACGACCCCCUUUGAAGUUCUUAACCGAUGAGCAGCAGGGCAAACCGUGGAUGGAAGACGGCCUGUUAAUUGGUUCCAUUAAGAUGGAAUCUGUUGGACCUAUGCUCGAAACCUGGAACACACUUAAUGUGUAUUGCGAGGUUCUCCAGCUCGACUCCUUCACGUUUGAUGAUUUCGUCGAGGCCAUUAUGUUUUCUUCGAAUGACGUUACAUGUGAGCUCUUUGUGGAAAUCCAUUGUGCCGUAUUGAAGACGCUGGUGAGCGGUGAGAAGGACCAAGAUGGUGCCAUUCAGAUCUCCCUUCCGCCCCUUCCUGAUGAAGAAUCAGAGGAAGAGGAGAGUGGUGAAGACGACGAAGGAGAAAAUGAAGAACCAGAACCCGAGCGAGAGCCAACACCUCCACGAAGAACGACGAGAAGCAGCUUUGCUAAGGCUGAAGCGGGAAAAUCUGAAGCUGCAGCAACAACAGCAGGAAUCGCGGAGUCGUUCGAGUACAGCUGA